CUUCCCCCAUUCGCAUCUGACCUGAAGAGACAAGCCACACAAACACACAUUAUUAAAAAAAAAAAAGAGAGAGAGAAGAGAGAAGAGAGAGAGAGGUUCUGCGGAGGAGCUUCGUCCUCGUAGGGGGUUCUUCUUCUUCUUCAUCGUUAUUAACGAAACAUUUUGAAGAUUUAAAUCUCUCUCCCCCUACGUCGUCAGCUCCAGAAACAUGGGUGCAGGUGGAAGAAUGCCGGUUCCUUCUUCUUCCAAGAAGUCGGAAACCAAUGCCAUCAAGCGUGUGCCGUGCGAGAAACCGCCUUUCACGGUUGGAGAUCUCAAGAAAGCAAUCCCACCGCAGUGUUUCAAACGCUCUAUCCCUCGCUCUUUCUCCUACCUUAUCACUGACAUCAUUAUUGCCUCCUGCUUCUACUACGUCGCCACCAAUUACUUCUCUCUCCUCCCUCAGCCUCUCUCUUACUUUGCUUGGCCCCUCUACUGGGCCUGUCAGGGCUGUGUCCUUACCGGUGUCUGGGUCAUUGCCCACGAAUGCGGUCACCAUGCUUUCAGCGACUACCAAUGGCUGGAUGACACAGUUGGUCUUAUCUUCCACUCCUUCCUCCUCGUCCCUUACUUCUCCUGGAAGUACAGUCAUCGCCGCCACCAUUCCAACACGGGAUCUCUUGAAAGGGAUGAAGUAUUUGUUCCAAAGCAGAAAUCCGCUAUCAAGUGGUACGGCAAAUACCUUAACAACCCUUUUGGACGUAUCAUGAUGUUAACCGUCCAGUUUGUCCUCGGAUGGCCCUUGUACUUGGCCUUUAACGUCUCAGGCAGACCUUACGAUGGGUUCGCUUGCCAUUUCUUCCCCAACGCUCCCAUCUACAACGACCGCGAACGCCUUCAGAUCUAUAUCUCGGAUGCCGGUAUUCUAGCAGUCUGUUAUGGUCUUUACCGUUACGCUGCUGCACAAGGAAUGGCCUCGAUGAUCUGCCUCUACGGAGUACCACUUCUGAUAGUGAACGCGUUCCUUGUCUUGAUCACAUACUUGCAGCACACUCAUCCUGCGUUGCCUCACUACGAUUCAUCCGAGUGGGAUUGGCUUAGGGGAGCUUUGGCUACCGUAGACAGAGACUAUGGAAUCUUGAACAAGGUGUUCCACAACAUCACGGACACACAUGUGGCUCAUCAUCUGUUCUCGACAAUGCCUCAUUACAACGCGAUGGAAGCUACAAAGGCGAUAAAGCCUAUACUCGGAGACUAUUACCAGUUUGAUGGAACACCGUGGUAUGUGGCGAUGUAUAGGGAGGCAAAGGAGUGUAUCUAUGUAGAACCGGACAGGGAAGGUGACAAGAAAGGUGUGUACUGGUACAACAAUAAGCUAUGAGGAUGAUGGUGAAAGAACAGUGAAGAAAUUGUCGACCUUUCUCUCGUCUGGUUUUCUUUCGUUUAAGAAGCUAUGUUUUGUUUCAAUAAUUCUAAUGUCCAUUUUGUUGUGUUAUGACAGACAUUUUGGCAAAUUAUGUUAUGUGGCAAGUUAAAGUUAGUGUUCGAAUGUAUUGUGUCUGUAUUGUUCUUCUCA